AUGUCAGAAGAAGAAAGUGAAGUAGGUCCAAGAAAUGGUAAUGUCGAAGUGAUAAAGAGCUCGGCACAUAGAAUCGAAUACGUUUUGCAGAAUUACCCAAGUUUGCGAGAUCAAAUCGAGCAGAUGCUUGAUGGAAACAAGAAUGAAAUUAAUAACAAUAAACGCUGCUCUCCAUCUCGAAAUAUUCACCCAAUAAGACUGCAAUCCUUAAACGACGUUGUUAUAGACGAUGAUGCCAAUACCAAAACCAAAAAUAAGGGAUUACCUUAUUUUGUUCCAACGAAAUCUGUUGUUACCCAAGUUGCUAAUUUAACAACCAAACCUGCCUUGCCGCCUUUUAGCGCAAUAAUGGAAGUAUCGUCGAAAGACGAAGCACCGGAUGAUGAAAACCAUUUGACAUUACCAACUCCCUAUAAUAUGUUCAAUAGGAAGUCAGUGUCAAUGUCAAUCUGUAGCUCUUCACUAGGAACUCAGUUGUUGCUUCCUGCGCCUGCGGAUAAUUCAUUAGACGAUUUACAAAAGUCCUUGAUUUCCAGCUCAUAUCAACAACAUCUCGAAGGAAAGUUACCGCUAAAUACCAAAAAUUAUCCGGAACAUGGGAUAAAUUUAUAUGAGAUGUUUAGAACAAAAAAUGAAGAUACUUGUACAAGGAUUUCGUUACCUUCACCACCUUCGCAUUUUUCUUUAUCGUCGUCGCCACGUUCAACGUGUACAAAUUACCCUCCCACACCAACUUCUUCAGCGUCACCUCCACUGUCGCCACACAUAAAAUCCAAGCGGUCCUCCAUUCACCUCUUGUCGAAACCUGCACCCUGGUGUGCAAACGUUAUUAAUGAGGAUCGUGAGGAUCGUACUUUAUACUCCCACUUUCAACCGAAUCACCUUAUGGAAACUGAUUGUUCUUAA